AAUUAAUUCGCCAUCUCAUCUUUCUCAAGAUAAAAUAUCCCAACUACUUUGGAAGAUUUCUUCAAUCAAUUUCCACAAAAACCGAAGAUUAAUGGGUGGCUUUGAUAUGGAAUCGUUGGUGGAUGCAACAGCAGGGGCUAUUGGAUCUCUCGCUAGCACUACUAUCUUAUACCCUUUAGAUACCUGCAAAACCAAGUACCAAGCUGAACUACGUACCCCUAAUCUCCGAAAAUACAGGAACCUUUCAGAUGUUCUCUGGGAAGCAAUUCGUAAACGUCAAGUUCUUUCUUUGUAUCAAGGCCUUGGGACAAAGAAUCUGCAAUCGUUCAUUUCAUCAUUCAUAUACUUUUAUGGAUAUAGCUUCUUUAGGAAGCUGCAUAUGGAACGUUCUGGAUUUAAAUCUGUUGGAACAAAAGCUAACUUGAUUAUAGCUGCUGUUGCUGGUGCUUGUACAGUUGCAAUAACCAUGCCUUUGGAUACAGCUGCAUCAAGGAUGCAAACAAGUGACUUUGGGAAGUCCAAAGGUCUAAUAAAGACCCUCUCAGAGGGAACUUUGGGAGAGGCAUUUGAUGGACUUGGCAUAUCAAUUCUGCUUACUUUAAAUCCAGCAAUUCAGUACACUGCAUUUGAUCAACUGAAAGAAAGAUUACUGGAGGGUAAGUUGGGAAAUCCACAAUCCCUUUCUGCCCUUUCGGCUUUUCUGUUAGGGGCAGCAUCAAAAUGUGUGGCUACCUGCUUGACUUACCCUGCCAUCAGAUGUAAGGUAAUGAUUCAAGCUGCAGAAUCAAGUGAAGAUAGAGAAGAGGAAUCAGAAAUGGAAUCAAGAAAAACGGUAUCUGGGGCAUUACAUGCUAUAUGGAAUAAGGAAGGAUUUCUAGGGUUCUUCAAAGGGUUAAGAGCCCAAAUUCUAAAGACUGUUUUAAGUUCAGCAUUGCUUUUAAUGAUAAAGGAAAAGAUCACAAAGAGCACAUGGGUACUGUUUUUGGCAAUAAAGAGAUUCUUGGUUUUAAGCACAAGUAGAUUAAAAAGCUCUUAGUAAAUAAGAAUGUUGUAAUAAGGACCAAACAUGGUCUAGUGAUUUUAGGUUUUUUUAAUUGUAUGGAAUUUUAUUUUAAACAUUGUGAUGCUUGACUAGAUAAUAUAUUGUGUAUGUAACUAUGUAGUUAUUACA